AGUUCACCCUUAGGGGAUAACAUUAUUUUAAGGAAGGUUUAAUUUUCCACUGUUUUCCAAUUUAUACGAGGAACCUGGACGCAGGAUUUAAAAGCUGCUCAAAUAUGAAGUACAUUCUAGUUACUGGUGGUGUUAUCAGUGGUAUCGGUAAAGGAGUUAUCUCCAGCAGCAUUGGAGCGUUGUUGAAAGGAUGUGGGUUGCAUGUUACUUCAAUUAAAAUAGAUCCUUACCUUAAUAUCGACGCUGGAACAUUCUCUCCUUACGAGCAUGGAGAAGUGUUUGUCUUGGAUGAUGGAGGUGAAGUAGAUUUAGACCUUGGAAAUUAUGAAAGGUUCCUUGAUGUUACUCUUCACCGUAACAAUAACAUAACAACUGGUAAAAUAUAUCAGAGUGUGAUCGAUAAAGAAAGACGUGGGGAUUACCUGGGCAAAACUGUUCAAGUGGUCCCUCACAUCACAGAUGCUAUUCAAGACUGGGUGACAAAGGUGUCCACGGAACCUGUUGAGAACGAUAUCCAGGCUGAUGUUUGUCUUAUUGAGCUUGGAGGGACAGUCGGUGACAUUGAGGGUAUGCCUUACAUUGAAGCUUUUCGCCAGUUCCAGUUUAGAGUUGGAAGAGACAACUUUUGUGUGGUCCAUGUCAGUCUGGUGCCAGAGCCUGAUUCAACAGGUGAGCAGAAAACAAAGCCUACACAAAACAGUGUGCGUGAACUGCGUGGUUUAGGCCUGAGUCCUGAUCUGAUUAUGUGUAGAUGCAAGAAUACUGUGACAAAUUCUGUUAAGCAGAAGGUGUCUUUGUUCUGCCAUGUCCCUCCAGAACAGGUUAUAGAUGUCCAUGACUGCAAAUCCAUUUACAGUGUUCCAUUGUUGUUAUCAAGCCAAAAAAUUGUUCCAUUUUUUGCCAAAAGGCUUCAAUUAGAAAUCAAGUUAACCAAACCAAGACAUUUUAUGAUACAAUGGAGAGAAUUGGCUGAGAGGGAUGAGCGACUCGUGCAUGAAGUUAAGAUUGCUCUUGUUGGAAAGUACACAAAGCUAGAGGAUGCUUAUAUUUCUGUCCUCAAAGCUCUGAAACAUGCUUCACUCCAUUGUAACAGGUGUCUUAAAGUUGUGUGGGUAGAGUCUGAAAAUCUUGAGAAGGAAGUUCAAGAGAGAGAUCCAGUGAAAUAUCAUGAAGCUUGGCAGAAGUUGUGCGGAUGCGAUGGUAUACUGGUACCAGGAGGGUUUGGAAAGAGAGGCACAGAGGGGAAAAUUGCUGCAGCUGAAUGGGCAAGGAAGAUGAAGAAACCUUACUUAGGUGUUUGCUAUGGACUGCAAUUAGCUGUCAUUGAAUUUGCCAGGAACAUUUUGGGAUUCAAGGAUGCAAACUCCACAGAAAAUGAACCAGAUACCAAACAUCCUGUGGUUAUUGAAAUGCCAGAACACAAUCCAGGCAAUCUUGGAGGGACAAUGAGGCUUGGAAGACGGCGCACAGUGUUUUCAAAAGUGCAUGAGAGCAUAACAAGAAAGCUUUACAAGAAUGCAGAAUUUGUAGAAGAGAGACACAGGCAUAGAUAUGAGGUCAAUCCAGAAUAUGUAAGUCAAUUUGAGGAAAAGGGAAUGAAAUUUGUUGGCCGAGAUGUGGAAGGUGAACGAAUGGAAAUCAUGGAGAUCAAAGACCAUCCAUAUUUUGUUGGAGUCCAGUACCAUCCAGAAUACAUAAGUCGGCCAAUUAGACCAUCCCCACCCUACUUGGGAUUGAUUUUGGCAGCCAUCGGAAAACUCACCCCCUAUAUUGCCAGGGGAUGCCGCUUGUCACCAAGGUGCAGCAUCAGUGAAGAUGAGGAUGAGGACGUGGACGAGGAAUUGGCAAAUGUGGCAGCAGCAAAACUCCCAGAAUUCAAUCUUUAGGUGGAGUUCUACUUUCUCUAUCAUCGGGAACUGAUGUCUGUAUUUCAGCUUUUGGGCUUUACAAUUUACAGAUUAAUGUAUUAAGUACCAUGAACUUGUUAAAGAAAAAUGAGGAUUUCCCAUGAUGAUAGCAUCAUUGGUGUCAUAGCUCACUUUGUAUCUAAAGUUUAUGGUGUACAGUUUACACCAUUUUAAGAACAACAUCUCUCUAGAGCACUGUGUCGUGGUUUCAUUUUAUCCCUGGUUCCAUUUUUACUCUUUUGUUUGAUAAAAAUACGUAAGUGAGAAAAAUUAUGAAAGCAUAAAAGAAAACAAAGAAUGCUAUCAUUAUGCCAAGGAUGAAAGUUAACCACAACACAAGGAGAGCUGCUUAAUUAUUUUCUUUUAUGGGAAAAAACAGCAACAUACAGAAGGUCCUUCACACUUACUUUUAAUCACAAUAUUUAUGAACUUUGUAUUGACUUGGUGUUCAACACUAGUAGUCUUUUAAAACUUAGCUCUGGUUUGCUAACUUUUUUACAAUUGCAAUAGUCAUACCAUUCACCUUGAGACUAUUUUACAAAGUUAUUAUCCCUCAAUUUCCUUUUCUGAUCACACAAGACUUAGAUAGGACAGAAUUAAUUUCCUUUGUCUUGCUUGUGAUCAAAUGAAAGUGGAAAUGACUUUGAACUAUUUUACAUUACUUAUUUUGUACUCUAAUAAAAUAUUUAACCAGUGCAGAUUAUUCUCUACACCCUAAGGAACAAAUAGAAACAAUGAAUAAAAACCAAAACUGCACAAAAUCUAAAGUUUUAUUAAGAAAGAAAAAUGCAAUUCUAUGUACUUGUGUAAUAUGAGACUGCAAAUUGUUAGAAGAAACCUCCCCUAGUAGAACAAGUUGAUGUUAAAAUGAUGAAAAUGUCUUGUAUGAUAAAGAUUUGUAUGACAGAUUGCGAAACAUACCAAUAAAAAUUGAAAAAAAAAACUGUAAACAAAUACAAGUAAUAUUAAUGCUUCAAUUUCUU